AUGGCAAGCGACAAGGUUCGCAUUCAUCCCAACGAAGUCCUCUUCCUCGCACCGCAAGCGCAUAAAGAUAUCUACGGGGCCAAAGCCAACGUCCGCCGAGCCACAUCCUACAAAGCGUGGCAGACCUCAGUCGAGCCCAACACCGCUAUAACGAUCGAUCCCCAGGCGCAUGCUCGCAAGAGAAAGCUGCUGAACCAAGCGUUCACAGACAAGUCGGCAAAGCACGCGGCGAAGUUUGUGGUCGAGCAUACGGAGAGAUGGAUCGAUCUGCUGGCGGAUAACAAGGACGCACCCAGCGGAGAUGGCUGGACCAGCACGCGCAACAUGUCUGAUUGGAAUGACUGGCUUGUGUUUGAUAUACUAGGGGAUCUGUGUUUCGGCCGGUCCUUCGAUGUGAAGGAGCCAAAGCCGAAUCCAAUCCGCAAAAUCCCCCCAUUUAGUCAUUCAGCACGUUCAAAUGUUCUACCCGGUACGUCUCUCCAUCGCAUUACCAGCGCUAAACUGACCUUCCAUUCUCUAGAUCCUCCAAUCCCCCCUUCAUGA